GUCGAUAUCGAAAGCAUACGAAACGUACAUCGUCCAUAUGGACGUUUCGCUAAUGCCCAAACCAUUCACCAGUCAUCAUUCAUGGUAUACUAGCUCGCUUGCCACCGUAGCAGAUUCGUCAUCACCACCUUCCUCCUCCAGGCUUCUUUACACCUACUCAAAUGCCAUCAACGGGUUCAGCGCUAUUCUCUCGUCAGCUGAGCUCGAGGCCGUCAAGACACUACCAGGUUAUCUUUCUUCAACGAAAGAUAAGCCCGUUAAACUUGAUACCACCCAUUCCUACCGGUUUCUCGGCCUCAACCACGACCACGGGGCUUGGCCAGCUUCCAAUUAUGGCGACAACGUCAUCAUUGGUCUAGUGGAUACCGGUAUCUGGCCAGAAAGCAAAAGUUUCAAAGACGACGGCAUUGGCGAGAUUCCUUCAAGGUGGAGAGGAGUCUGCGAGAGUUGCUCGGAUUUCAACUCCUCAUUGUGCAAUCGAAAAUUGAUUGGAGCAAGGUCCUUCGGCAAGGGCAUGUUGGCCAAGAAACCGGAAAUGAGUAUGAGUUCACCCCGCGACACGGAGGGGCAUGGGACGCACACGUCGAGCACCGCUGCGGGUAAUUAUGUGGAGGAUGCAGCCUUCUACGGUUAUGCCGCCGGGACUGCCAGAGGCGUAGCUCCAAAGGCCCGAAUCGCGAUGUACAAAGUAGUGUCGGGCGGAGACGGCGUUGUGUCGGAUGUUCUUGCGGCGGUGGAUCAAGCUAUUGACGAUGGUGUUGACGUCUUGUCCAUGUCGUUAGGCUUCGAUAGUUUAGCCCUGGACGAGGAUCCUAUUGCUGUGGGGGCCUUCGCAGCCAUGGAGAAGGGAAUCUUUGUCUCUACAUCAGCAGGCAAUGCGGGGCCAAACGACGGGACCCUCCACAACGGAUAUCCGUGGGUUCUGAAUGUAGCUGCCGGUACACUAGACAGAAAAUUUGAAGGGACCCUACACCUCAGCGAUGGCUAUUCUGUCACGGGACAAUCCCUCUACCCCGGAAAGUUUCCCGCCGAAAAGUACUUCUCAAUCGUCUACGUUGUUGCAUGUCAAAACGAGGGCUCCUUGGAGAAAGCAAGGGGGAAGAUUGUUGUGUGCCUUGACAUAACUAAUACGUUAGGCCUGCAAGUCGUCCGCGUCCAAAAUUCAAGCGUCGUUGGAGCUGUCUUCGUAUCGAACGAUACGGACACGAUCGAGUUCUUCAUCCGCACUACAACUCCCACCCUAUUUUUGGAACUCAAACAAGGAAAGAAACUCGUCGAUUACAUCACCAACGGCUCCCCCGAGGCUAAACAGGCGAGCUUCAAGUUCCACGAAACACGCUUCAAUGCAAAGCCGUCGCCACAAUUGGCAAAGUACAGCUCCAGAGGCCCGUCGAGGGUCUCUCCAUACAUCUUGAAGCCAGAUAUCCUUGCUCCAGGUGACUCUAUUUUGGCCUCCUGGUCUCCCGUCUCUCCCAUAUUUUUUGGGACCUCAAAAAUUUUCUUCGGAAAUUUCAAUAUCAUAUCGGGCACUUCGAUGUCCUGUCCACAUGCGGCAGGAGUAGCGGCCCUUCUUAAAGGGGCACAUCCCCGUUGGAGCCCUGCAGCCGUUCGCUCAGCAAUGAUGACAACAUCCUAUGUUCUCGACAACAUGAACAAUUCAAUUCAAGACCUCGGAUCACAAAGAAGUCAACCUGCCUCUCCUCUCGGCAUCGGAGCAGGUCAUAUAGAUCCCAACAAGGCCCUAAACCCAGGCCUUGUAUAUGACACUAGCUCCGAAGAUUAUGUGAAUUUUCUUUGCGCUAUGAACUUCACCAAGAAUCAAAUUCAGACCAUUACUAGGUCGGUGAUUUCUAGUUGCACAAACCCGUCGCUGGAUCUGAAUUAUCCCUCCUUCAUUACCUUCUCUGAUGCAAAUGGAACAAAUUCGGUGAGAGAAUUUAGGAGGACCGUGACUUAUGUCGGCCAGGGGAGCUCGGUUUACACGGCAAGGAUUUCAGAGUUUUAUGAGGGUUUGAGUGUCAGGGUGUCGCCGGACACAAUCGAGUUCAAAAGGAAAUUUGAGAAGAAGAACUUUACUCUGACGAUUGAAGGUAAAAUGAUGAAUAAGACAUUUGGUUCACUGAGUUGGGUCGAGUCUAAGGGGAAAAUUGUGGUUAGAAGUCCCAUAGUGAUCAUGUAACAAUUUAGCAGCUUCAUUUUAUUUCAUGAUACUGUA